AUGUUACAACCACAACACGUCAUCGAAAUCAGUGAUGACGAUGAUGACGAUGCGCCUGAGAUUGAAGAAAGUGAAUGGAAGAAGAAGCUGUUCGCGUCCCUGAAUGCCAUUCAGGCAGAACCUAGACUUGUAUCCUUCAGAAGCUACCACGAGUUCGUCAACCCGGGUCUCAAGAUUGGAGGGCAGCAAAUAAUACCGCUACCUCUAACAGAUCACUAUGCCGAUAUCAUCAAAGAGUUGAGCCACUCGGUUCAGGGUACUGACAACAAGGCCAAGAAUGUCUGGGAGCUUGACCGUGCGCAAUUCGACUUGAUCAAUCCGGCCUGGCGGUCAUGCCUGGAUAGGAUAGCGCAGGACAUCACUAAGGAACUGGAUAUACAAAAUGCCUUGCUGAGUUCAAAAAAGUUGACACUUCAAGGGCCGGGCCCUAUAGCCGAGCAAGACCAAAGCCUUGAGCAGUCUGAUCGCAUUGUUGGCCACAUUUCUGUUUGUCUGCCGUCUGAGCACCACGGUGGAGAUAUUGGUGUAUCUCUUGGUGGAAGGCGGAAAACUGUGUCAACUGCAGCUUCGUCGGCUCUCGCCCUGUCCGCCAUUGGCUGGAUUUCUUCUGCACACAGCCUGGCCACCGAACUGGUCUCCGGAUAUCGGCUCACUAUCUCGUACAUAGUCCAUCGGUUCAACGAUGGGCAAAGCACUGCCCUUUCAUCAUACUUGGGAAGCGGCCGCGUGGAAGAAGUUCUUCAGAUGUGGCAGCGCCGACAUUUUGGCACAAAAAAGAUACUGUAUAAAUUAGACGACAAGAAAGGCACCGGGGUUUUAUCUCUCCGAGAAGCAAGGGGUCGGGACAAGGCAGUGUGCGAAGCUUUGUCCACGGCUUGUUCAGAAGCCGGGCUUUACAUGCUGUUCGCUGAAAUCACGCACGAGGUCACCAAUAAUCUCAUUCGAAAAACCGUGGAAAGUUCAAUUAACGGACUCUUCACGCCUGAAGGUCAAUUCUUGGCAGAAAACAAAGAGCUUGAUGCAGAAAACGAGGUAUUGGGCUUUGAUGUUGAUCGGCAAUGGGACCUUGAACCUGCCAGUGAUGAUGAUGAAGGCAUGAGUAAUGAACAUCUCAUGGAAGAACACGAAAUGACUCGCCGCUGGCACGACCAUGCAGUCCUUCUGAUACCUAAAGAAGGAUUGCUGGACCUGGUGAGACCAGAUGUUAGUCGAAACACCUCUCCGUGGCCAGGACGACAUACUCGAGAUCACGAGACCUAUCAUCCAGGCGUAGCACCUGUUGUUGCAAUGGUCGUCGACGACUUGGAGAAGAAUCCUGCGGGUACAAUCAAGGUGGCAGAAAACAUAAUUGACAAGCUUUGCGACUCUGGGACUGACACGCAAGUGCUAUGCACAUGCAUCAACCCCAUCGUGAACUGGUGCUUGAGGUCUGGUUAUAUGCCACUAUAUACAACAGCUUUCCGAAAAACACCCAUCACUGUGGUGCAUGUACUUGCAGAGUAUCUUGCAGGUAAGUAUGAAGGCUCAGAAGAUUCUAUCGAUUGGAAAGAAUGGCUUGAUGGUAUCACAAAGAAGCCCAUUGUGGAACUUGGAUUGUUGUAUCGCGACUUUUCGCGUACUAUCCUGGCUGUCAGUACACCUGUAUGGAAAUCUUUUGAUGGAUGGUCGGAGACAAUAAUGGACGAGAAGCUCAACACAGAGCUCAAUUGGGAGUAUAAGGAUCUGGAAAUGAUUCUCGACUUAAUGCGGCUCCGUUGCGACAGUACUCAAUGGAUUGUCAACAGGCUGCUUCCUAGAGUUGCGUCUGGGCGUCACAGCGAGAGCCACAGCGCACUUUUCAUUCAACUUCUAUUCCACAUUUACCAGUUCAGAAAUGAACCACAAUUUAAACAUGCAAAGGAAAUGUUCAAAAGCAUUAUAAAUCACAGCGAUAGUGAACUCAACUUCUCACCCCUCAGGCUUGAGCCUGCGGAAGAAGGGUGGUUGGUCGAGACUCCAAGACACGAUUUAAUCUGCGGGCCUUUUAUUCGGCUCAUCACUGAGUGCCACGCUAUAGGAGCAUCCGUAGAAGCUUCUAGGGUAGUUGAAGAGACGUUUUCUCUCUUUGUGACAGAGAAAGCGAGAUGGAUUCUUGUCAAAGAUCCAUUCGGCGUUAUCUUCUGCUUCAUAACCCCCCUCAUUCGUUUGUCCGCAGACGGCCUGUGGAGGAAAAUACCAGCUUUGUUGGAUACUCUUGAGCUUCUUGUGCGCAAAAUCAUCCGCCUAGACUUGCCCAGACAAUCUCAGGCCGGCAGCGGAUUGGUUUUCCGAGAGCGAGGUUGUGGGUUCUGUGGGGAUUGUGCUGCACUGGAUCGAUUCCUGACUUCGCCCGAGAAGACUGUCUGGGAAUUCAACGCACCAAAGGCUCGAAGGUUGCAUAUCGAGCAUGCUAUCGGGGUAGAAAAGUCGCUCCAAGCCUUAAGGAUAUUGGAUCAGACAACUGGCACGUGUGAGAAACUCACAGUGACCAAGACUGGGGCCCAGGCUGAGCCUGACUUGCGAAGCUGGGUUUUCAACUACAAUGGCUUAGAGAGAGUUCUUCAACCUCUCCGGGGUGACUUCAUGAAGAAGGCACUUGGUGAGAAACGAUACCGUGAGAUCAUCUUGCUGGCGGGAGUAAGUCCAUACGGGCCGCCACCGAAUUCACCUGAAGUGAGAAGGCCACCCACUGCGGAAGAAUCACAGCCUAACAAACGACUUUGCAUCUCCGGGAUGGGCGGCAUAGACCAGGGUUUGCCGCACAAUCAAAGAGAAGGUCAAACAGCAAGUCAAACAGAAGCGGGCAACGUUUAG